AUGGAGCAUCAAUAAUAUAUAGAAAAGAUAACUGAAGAGAGAAGGAUUCGAGAUGAAUAGUAAAAUUUUAAUUUAGGUUCCUAAGACGCAAACUUAGACUUUUAGAAGAAGAGUAAAUCAAAUAAAAAUCACUUUAGUAAUUAGAGACACUUAAAUUAUUAUAAUUAAAGGAACUUUAAGAUUCUCGUCGAUUGUAAUCUAAAUUAAAUAUGUCAUUUAUUUAAUUGAAAUCAGAUGAACGCACUUAAAAGGUAAAGGAAUAAAAUAAAAGAGUCAAAUAAUUAUUAGAAUAAUAUAAAAAGGAAAAGUAAUAAUAAGAAAUACAGUAAAAGCAAUUAGAACAAGAGAAAGAGUAAGAGGUCAAAUUAAAGCUUAUGCAAAUAAAAGAGAAGUUCAAAUUAUUAACAACUGAAGAAAUAAAGGAGCAUUAAUAUAAAUAUAAAAAAUAUUAAUAAGAACAUUAAUAAUAAUUGACAAUUUUGAGAGAUCAAAAAAAAUUAUAAGACACUUACUUUUCUCAAUAAGUUUAAUCUAGAUUAAGAAGCAGAACAUAUCAAGCCUAAAUUGAAAUGAUGAAAGAAGAAGAAUAAAAAAGAAAAAAAAAUAAUGAUAGAUUAAGAAGACAAAUUAAAGAAAGAUUUGCUUAUGAUCAUUUUGUCAAAGAACACUUUUUACCUAAAAUCUUUCAUAGCAUUGAUUUAACUAGUCAGACAAUUAUUAAUUAAAAACCUAACAAUUAAAUGUCUCCAAUUAAAAGUGAUUCUAGGGUUCUAGGGAAUUUAUAUUUAAGAUAAAUAAGAAAAUUACCAAGAAGACCUAGAAUUUAAUCUUAAAAUGCAGCAGAUCAAUCAUCAUCAUCUACAAUAAAGCGAGACUAUUUAACAGAAAUUCGAUAACAUUCAAAGAAAAAGACUCCAUAAACACCAAUUGAUAUUAAAUUUUAAGCAGAUAGGUAAAGAAUUAUACCUAAAAAUUGAAGGUUGGAAAGAGAAUCUAAAUAAGCAUACACAAAGUGCAAGCUAAAAGGUGAUUAACUAUUGAUGGAAUCAAUUAAGCAAAAGAUGAUAUUGUUAGAAUUAUGA